AUGUCUCGAGGAUCUUAUGAUCAUUUCAAAUUUGUACAACAAUGGCCACCGGCCUUCUGUGCCACGAAUCGCUGUAAACCAGGGGCAAAACAGAUGUUAAUGUUCACUAUCCAUGGUCUCUGGCCAGAUAAUAAAACUUAUGUGCCUUGUCGUGCCCUUUUACCGUUGUUUGCAGGCCGUCAGCCAAAUCUGAAAGGAAUUGAUCGCAAGUUUUGGAAAGAAGAAUGGGACAAACACGGAAGAUGUUCCUCGCAGACGUACGACCAAAGACAAUAUUUCGAGCGGUCACACAACAUGUGGAUGGAAACGGACUUGACCAACACCUUUGGCAACCUUAUCAAAGGAAACAGUCUACAACGGAACGUCGCAGAUAUAGAAAACCUGAUUCAAAAGUUUAUAGCUCCACUCUCUGAUAUUGGUUUCUGCACAAUAGUACCCUUUUUCUUUCAAUGA